GUAUGAAUGCGAUUUUCUUUUCAUUAAACAACUUUAGAUUUUGUGAUAAGAGGAAUUUAAGGUCAGACCACCCGGUGAUGUAUUUGUUUCGUUGCUUUGUGGUUGGAUCGCUCUACUCAAGUGGUGUUUUUUCUAUAUAUGCUCCACCUGAGAAGGUCGAAGCCUUUGCUGGAGGACAUGCCAUCCUGCCCUGCAGUUUGAAAAUCUCUAGGAUUGGCCCUGCUUCUACGGUAGAGUGGUCCAAAGUAAGCCUUAAGUCUAAAAUCGUGUUCUUGUAUCGCGAUGGCUGCGAGACCUUUGGGAUGAAGGAUGUGGAUUUUGAGUUCAGGACGAGCCUCUUCAUGAGAGAAAUGAAAAAUGGGAAUGUCUCACUGAGGAUCUCCAACUUAAAACUUUCUGAUGCAGGGAUCUACAACUGUUCCUUUUUCGAAAGAAAUAAACUUAAAGAGACUGCAAACGUCGAGCUGCUUGUUGCUGCAGUGUCUGAGCCAAAGCUUGAAGUGGUUUUUAUAGAGAAUGAGAGAGUAACCAUCACAUGUCAAGCUAGCUGCUGGCUGUCAGCGCCAAAGAUCAGCAUCCUGGACGAUGAGGGAAAUGACAUCAUCACUGAUGAGGAGCCAAACCAAGAGCAAAAUGUGAGAGGAUGUUACGCCAAGCAAACAUUCCCCAUGCAGGAUUCUGCAAAAAGGUAACAACUUUAGUUUAUUUAGGAUGUUUAUAUACAAAUAACAUAAUAUUAGAGAACAAAUAUAUCUCUUAAUACGUUGUCAUUUAACUCAACCAAUUUUCAAUACUAUUUAAAAUUGCUGGACAG